CUCCAACCUCCUUUUCUUUCUUUAUGCUCAAAACCCUUUUAGAUAUCAAUCAUGACAAGUUCCCAGUUCCUUGCAUCUGGCAAAUUUUGUAUAGAAUAGGACCACUUUGCUGUCCUUUUGCACUUUCUUUAUAGCGUAUGCAUAACUGUUUAUGACCAGUGCAAAUAGUAGCAUCCCACUUCUUGUCGUCGACGUUUAUUUCCCUUUGAUACAUCCCCUGGUAGAGGCCAACUUAGAACUAUCGAUCCUCGUGUAAACAAAAUUCCCAGUUUCUAUAUGCAGAUAUUCUUGUGUAUAAACGGCCGUUUUUCUUGUGUUUGACAGCUGAUCGAUCUUGCAAUACUGGUAAAUUUUGGAAUACAGGUUGGUGGGGAACAGGUCAUGGCCAGAGAACAAUUGGGAGUGCUUAAUGCGCUCGAUAUUGCCAAGACCCAAUGGUACCAUUUCACAGCAAUUGUGAUUGCUGGAAUGGGUUUUUUCACAGAUGCAUACGAUCUUUUUUGCAUCUCCCUGGUUACCAAGUUGCUUGGUCGCAUAUACUACACUGACUACAACAGCGAGAAGCCAGGUACAUUACCUCCAAAUGUAGCAGCCGCUGUUAAUGGUGUUGCACUUUGUGGCACUUUAGCUGGCCAGCUCUUCUUUGGGUGGCUUGGUGACAAAUUGGGAAGGAAGAAAGUCUAUGGGAUAACUCUACUUCUCAUGGUUGUUUGCUCCCUCGCUUCGGGGCUUUCCUUUGGAAGUACUCCUGUGGGUACCAUAAUCACUCUUUGCUUCUUCAGGUUCUGGCUCGGAUUCGGUAUUGGUGGUGAUUAUCCUCUAUCUGCCACAAUUAUGUCUGAAUAUGCUAACAAGAAGACUCGUGGGGCAUUUAUCGCUGCUGUGUUUGCCAUGCAAGGAUUUGGAAUUUUGGCUGGAGGGAUUGUGGCUCUAAUAGUUUCAAGUGCAUUUGAUCACAAAUUCAAGGCCCCCCCAUACUCAGUUAACCGACAUGACUCACUUGCUCCUCAAGCUGACUACAUUUGGCGCAUAAUCUUGAUGUUCGGUGCCCUUCCCGCUGCCCUCACUUAUUACUGGCGCAUGAAGAUGCCUGAAACAGCACGUUACACAGCUCUGGUUGCUAAGAAUGCAAAACAAGCUGCCGCAGAUAUGGCUAAGGUGUUACAUGUUGAUCUUGAAGCAGAGGAGGAGAAGGUACAGAAGUUAGCUGCAGAUCGAUCCAAUUCGUUUGGAUUGUUCUCUAAGGAAUUCGCCAAGCGCCACGGCCUUCACUUGCUAGGAACCACAACAACUUGGUUCCUGCUGGAUAUUGCUUUCUACAGCCAAAAUCUUUUCCAGAAAGAUAUCUUCACAGCAAUCAAUUGGAUUCCAAAAGCAGCAGAAAUGAAUGCGAUUCAUGAGGUUUAUCGUAUUGCAAGGGCUCAAACACUUAUUGCACUGUGCAGCACCGUGCCUGGAUAUUGGUUUACAGUGUUUUUGAUUGACUACAUGGGGAGAUUUGCUAUUCAAUUGAUGGGUUUCUUCUUCAUGACAGUGUUCAUGUUCGCUCUCGCUAUCCCAUACCAUCACUGGACCUUGAAGCCUAACAGAAUUGGCUUUGUUAUAAUGUAUUCACUGACCUUUUUCUUUGCCAAUUUUGGACCCAACGCCACUACAUUUGUGGUACCAGCAGAGAUUUUCCCAGCAAGGCUAAGAUCAACUUGCCAUGGUAUAUCAGCAGCAGCAGGCAAAGCAGGCGCUAUAGUAGGCGCAUUUGGUUUCUUAUAUGCUGCACAAAGCAAAGACAAAUCCAAGACUGAUGCAGGUUACCCUCCUGGCAUUGGAGUGAAGAACUCUUUACUUGCUCUUGGCGUUAUCAAUUUUUUUGGAAUGUUGUUUACUCUAUUGGUGCCUGAAUCAAAGGGCAAAUCGCUGGAAGAGUUGACAGGUGAGAAUGAGGAAAAUGGUGAGGAGAUGCAGGGUGCUGAUACUGCUAGGACUGUUCCAGUGUGAUCAUUUUCGCCAAAAUAUCUCCUUAUUGAUAAAGCUUUCUAUACUUUUACUGUGUGUUUAUUUGUAUUUCUGCUUUUAGGCAACGCAAUAAUAUGUGGAUACUCUAUUAGAUACUAUGUAUGUGUUUUCUUGUCCUAGAGGAACCGGAAUUCAUCAAUGCUUUUACUGAAA